AUGGAGUCUGCGGAUUUUCGUGGUGAAGAGACGCCACUCAUCAUCGAAAAUUCGCCAAUCCAAAGCCGGAGGAAGCAUACAAGAGAUAUUCAUAUUCUCAGCUCUGCCUUCUUGUUGAUUUUCCUCGCUUAUGGUGCCGCUCAGAACCUGGAGACCAGUCUCAACACUGAGGAUGAUUUGGGUACCAUUUCACUUGGGAUUUUGUAUUUGUCUUUCACAUUUUUCUCUUUGGUGGCGUCUCCGGUGGUUCGAGCAUUGGGAUCAAAGAAUGCUUUGCUUCUUGGGACUACUGGCUACUGGUUGUUCAUAGCUGCAAAUUUGAAACCAACUUGGUAUACUAUGGUUCCAGCUUCUUUGUACAUGGGAUUUGCUGCUUCAAUUAUAUGGGUUGGGCAGGGGACAUAUUUAACUUCUACUGCGCGUAGUCAUGCCAGAGAUAAUAACUUACAUGAAGGAACAGUUAUCGGUCAUUUCAAUGGAGAAUUUUGGGGAAUGUUUGCCUGUCACCAGUUUAUUGGAAAUCUUGUAUCACUCGCCAUGCUAACAGAUGGAACAGGGGGAAGUACGAGCGGCACAACCUAUUUGUUCAGUGUGUUUCUCAUCAGUAUGACUUUAGGCACCAUACUGAUGUGCUUCUUACAUAAAAGGGAUGGUAAAGGUGAGGAGGACCCCCAGGGCUCUUCUCUCAGCUUUUAUGCUUCUCUAUUAUCUUUGUCAAAGUCAAUCAUCACUCCUUUGUUUGAUGUACGGAUGCUAUUGAUCAUGCCCCUUAUGGCGUAUUCAGGAUUACAACAAGCAUUUGUGUGGGCUGUAUACACCAAGUAUAUUGUUACUCCAACGCUCGGUGUGUCUGGUGUUGGUGGUGCAAUGGCAGUUUAUGGGGCUUUUGAUGCAAUAUGUUCUUUGACUGCUGGUCGACUCACCUCUGGUGUCAAGUCCAUCACUAUUAUAGUUUCUGGUGGAGUCCUCCUUCAGGCUAUUAUAUUCCUGUGGAUUCUUUUAUUAUACAGCCCAGUGAGUGGUGCACUUGGUAUUAUCUACCCUCUUAUAAUGGCAGCUCUCUUGGGCAUUGGUGAUGGAGUCUUAAAUACACAGCUGAGUGCUUUGGUUGGGAUAUUCUUCAAGAACGACACUGAAGGAGCAUUUGCACAGCUGAAGGCAAUGCUGAUAAUUAUGCUUGCCGCAAUCGUCCUCUCAUACGGUGCCUUCGUUUUUCUGUCGCUUCGAGAGAAAGCGUUCCCAUCUUCGAGUUCAUAA